AUGGACUGUGUCAAGUUAAAGUUUAUUGAUCCGGAAAAGAGCCAGAUAAGCGAUGAAUCUCUGCUCUACUGGCCUGCUUCGCAUGUUCCAAAAGACGUCCAGUUUUCGAGGGAAACAAACAGCAAGACGAAGCAGACGACAAUCACCGCAAAGGGCCAUGUCAACUUUAGCUCCACACAAGCAAACGACGACGAUGUGAACUACUUUAUUGCUCGACGAGGCCCCAAUGGAAAGCUGAUAUGCCAGCCAGCGCAAAUGUAUCGCAUGUUUCCCAAUUAUGCUUUCAAGGAUGAAGCCCUGGAAACGGAAAAUGAAGAUACAAAUCGCCUUACUAGAAGAGAACAGUUGGACGAGUUGAAGGAAAAGUUUGGUUCAAGAAGAUCCCAAAGAGACUUGGCCAGCAAACGCAAAUAUGAAAUUCAAUUUGGCGAGGACGACAUUGACAAUCUGCCAACCAUCAAGCAGAAGCCGGGUGAGAGUAAUGACUCCCCUGAAGCCAUUGAUGGUGAAUCGGAGCCCAAAACCUUGUCUGCCAUUUUACCUCCACGAAAUGAUGACGCCAAGGCGGUGGAAGAAGUUUACUCUCUGCGAGACAUUAUAACCGAAGCCGAGGAGGACGCCAUCCGGAGCCUUGAGGAGAUUCUCUUUAGCAAAAUUAAAAAUGAAUACUUCAAGAGCCUGUCGGUCAAAGCGGAAGACCCCGAGAUGCGGUUGAUGGUCAUUUACGCUGAUCUACUACUGCAGCUGGUUAAACUGUCCGCCUCUGAGAUGCGCAAGUCGGACCCGCUGCCGCUGGUUGAGGGCGACAUCAAGAAGUUGCUCUUUGAACGGUACACCUCGACAAAGCAGAGCACGUCUCGUUCACUGCGCUACGUGAUCACCGAUCAGAACAAGGACCGUUGUUUCGUCUACAUCUUCAUUCUCGUAAUCAUGCUCAAUCGAUACCGGCCUGUUGAACUGGAGAAGCUGCAGUCAAAUUGCAAGAUACCCAUCUCAAACAUCCGCCGCAUGCUCGAGCUUAUUGGCUGCUACGUGGAAAAUAUGCGCAACGCUAGUAGUCUCAUUGUUAAGGUGGCCCGUUUAAAGCUGCCGCUUAACGUCUACAAGGAGCCCAAGAAAAACAGUGCAAGUAGACUACUGUCGUUGAAGCGUUGUUCAGCUAUUCUCGUGCAGUCGGCGCCGGCGAAACAUAGCUGGGGCUACAAGAAAAUUAACCGAUACAAACCGCUCUACGUCUCUAAAAUCAUGGCAGAACUGGACCCUAAAAUUGCCGAACUUUUGGCACCACUGCGACAAUCUGUCAAGGAACAAGGUGAUAUUGUUCGCGACCUCAAGUCUGCUAACGCUCCCAAAGUGGACAUUCAGAAAGCUGUCGCCGAGUUGAAAAAUCGUAAAAGAGUUCUCGAAGAAAAGGAGCUAGAACUUGCACCAGCUGAUGCUGGAUUUGAGCGCACCAAAAUGGAAGAUCUGAUUAAGCGGCGGUUUUUCUUUGACAACUCUUUUGCCAUUUACGGUGGCAUCACCGGCCAAUUUGAUUUUGGACCAAUGGGCUGCUCCAUCAAAAAUAACAUGAUCAACCUUUGGCGAAAUCACUUUGUGCUAAACGAACAGAUGCUUGAGGUCGAUUGUACCGUUCUCACUCCGGAACCAGUUCUCAAAGCUUCUGGUCACGUGGAACGUUUUGCUGAUCUAAUGGUGAAAGACCAAGGAAACGGGGACUGUUUCCGUUUGGACCAUCUCAUCAAAGCUCAUUUAGAAAAGCUGAUCGUAGACAAGGCUACGACUGAAGCUAAAAAGGAGGAAUACAAGGACAUUAUUGUCAAAUUGGAUGGGUUUUCCAAAGAAGAAAUGAAUUCCGUUUUGCGCAAAUAUGACGUCAAGUCGCCCAUCACUGGAAAUGAAGUAUCUGAUGCGAUUGAGUUUAACUUGAUGUUCUCUACUUCAAUUGGCCCAAGUGGAAAUGUAAAAGGCUUUCUCAGGCCCGAAACAGCUCAAGGCAUCUUUGUCAACUUUAAGCGAUUGCUCGAGUUUAAUCAACGGAAGAUCCCAUUCGCGGUGGCACAGGUCGGCAAUGCUUUCCGAAAUGAAAUCAGUCCUCGCUCUGGACUGAUUCGCGUUCGUGAAUUCACCAUGGCAGAAAUUGAGCAUUUUGUCGACCCAUCCGACAAGUCCCACGCCAAGUUUGAGUCAGUGUCGAACCUCGAGUUAAAUCUCUACACUGCCUGCAACCAGAUGGACGGACAACCGAGUGUGACGAUGAAGCUGAAGGAUGCCGUCGAGCAGAAGCUGAUUGCCAACGAAACUCUAGGCUACUUCAUCGGCCGAAUCUACCUGUUCAUGGUGAAAGUGGGCGUGAACCCGCAGCGACUGCGUUUCCGCCAACACAUGGGCAAUGAGAUGGCCCAUUACGCUACUGACUGCUGGGAUGCCGAGACACUCACUUCAUACGGAUGGGUUGAGUGUGUCGGCUGUGCUGAUCGCUCCUGCUUCGACUUGUCACAACACGCCAAGGCCACAAACGUGAGACUCGUCGCCGAGAAGGAGCUGGCUGAGCCGAAAGUUGUGCCCGUUGUGGAGUUUGUGCCGAACAAAGGCCUCAUCGGCAAGAACUUCAAAGGCGAAGCGCAAAAGAUUCUGGAAAAGCUGGCUCAGAUUGAUGCAGAGCAAAUUGCCAAGUAUGAAAAGCUGCUAGAGAGCAAUGGCCAAUUUGAGCUUGCUGUUGUCGACAAGGAGGUGACCAUCACCAAGGAGAUGGUUUCAGUGAAGAAGUACGACAAGAAGGUUUUUGUGGAGGAAUUUGUGCCCGGUGUUAUUGAGCCCUCCUUUGGCAUUGGCCGUAUAAUGCAUUCAAUUUUCGAGCACACAUUUACCAUCCGUGAUGGUGACGAUCAGCGCACCUACUUUGCACUUCCCGCUAUUGUCUGUCCCAUCAAGUGCUCCAUUCUGCCGCUGAGUAACAAUGCAACACUGAAAGCACUGGUUUCACGAAUUGCCGACCUGUUGCUGGAGAAUAGCAUUGCCUUCAAGAUUGACGACAGCUCGGGCUCCAUUGGAAAGCGAUACGCUCGUACUGACGAGAUAUCAAUUCCGUUUGCAGUGACGGUGGACUUUGACAGUGAGAAAGACGACUCGGUCACUAUGCGAGAGCGCGACAGUAUGGAGCAAGUUCGACUGAAGUUUUCGGACGUUCCUCUAUUGAUUCGCAAUCUCUGUCACAACAAAACUACUUGGAAUGAGGUUAAAGUAAAGUACCCCAAAGUCGAAUAG